AUGGCAUCACAUCAAGGUGGACUCGCUGGGCAAUGGGAGCGUGGGGCACCAGAAGUAACUGGUAGUGAGGCCGUCGCAGGUUCACCAACAACCAACCAAAUUACGGACGCCGCAUCGACGGCUAGCCAAGUUCGCGCUCGGGCUCCAUCAACCCUGAGCAGAAACUAUCGAUUGGGGGGACGCCCAGCAAUAUCCGUCCUACUUUAUGAUCCUUCUAAGCAAGAAAAGACAACCUCGACCACAUUGCGCCUUUGUCCCGACAAACUCAGACGAUUCCCGCGAGGCUCCUGUGACCCUUUCAUAACUCUCAAGCUGCGGCCAAGCCCAUCUGGAGCCGACGCACAAAAUCCUAGCAAGCCUUCGGCGGAGUCAUCGACACCCUCUUUGAUUGCUGAUUCAUCGUCGCCUGCCAAUCUUUCACCUACAAGUCCGGAUACGAAUGAGCGAGAAUCAGGCACGCACUUUGAAGUUAGGGAUAUUGGUACGGGUGUAGCACACGCGGCUAGAGGUUUUGGUGCUUCUGAAUAUUCUGAUCACGACAAAACUCUGCCCCGAAACAGUCAGCCAGAGUUUCCGAACCCUCCAGCUAGCUCAUUGUCCGGCAAUACCUUUCGUGAGGGCAAUACUCUAGGUACUUACGGAAUUUCUCGACAAGCCGACGACAUGGCGCCCGUAAAAGACUCCUCGAACGUCCAUUCGACGAUCAAGGACAUCAUUCAGCAUUUGUACGAGAUUCAGAUGCAAACCCAUGGUUACGUCCCCGAGACACAGGAUCUGUUGGUUGACAAAAUGACCGAUCUGGCCGAAUCGCUUGCUCAAUUGCAGACUUUGACAUCCCCGAGAGAGUCACCCAGUAAUCCCAUUCACAACGUGCAGAUUGCGCCAGAGAUUGUGGAUUAUGUCGACGACGGACGAAAUCCGGAUAUCUUCACCCGAGACUUUGUCGAGAAUGUGCAACGCGGCAAUGCCGUUAUCAAUGGCAAGCAGCAAGCUUUUCGAGAGUUUAGUGAAAUCUAUGCAAAAGCGCUGAAAGAAGGCAUUCCAGGUGUUGGUCGACAGGUCGAUAGAGUCAUGGAUAACGCCGGCUUCUCAUCAAGGGAUGAUGAGCCAGCCAAACAGUCGACCACAGAAAAUGUCAAAGCAGAGCCUGCUCAGUGAGCAAGAGGUCAGGUCUUGAUAGAAGGUAUCUACGAAUGUCACGAUUAUGAGCGAUUUAGGAUCGGGGUACGCUGGAUCAUGUCCCAUUGUAUGGCAUCUACGAGCUGGGCGACCGCAAACAGGCGUUACUAGGAGUUGCAGAAGGAAGCUGUGAAGAGACUCUCUCAUACUUCUUGUGGAAUCUUGACCUUUUCAAGUGUUGAAGACCAUCGAUGACUGUUACUGCGGCUAUCGAUGGUCAAAAUAUGACAGGACGAGGUCAUGAUAAACUUGCAGCACGUCAUUCCUUUGGACUCGUUGAGUCAACUCAAUAGCAUCUUAAGAUCUUAA